UGGACCAAUAUGGCGGAAAAAGCUUAUUAACUUUUGUCUUAGAAUUAUUCCAGAGAAAAGUUUAAUCUAUCUUCGUUUCUGUUCACGUUAUUCUCGUCGACAUGACUCUUAUGGUUUUCUUUGGGUGCGCUUUUAUAGCAUUUGGACCAGCAUUGGCGCUGUUUUCCCUCACUGUAGCUAAAGAUGCUCAGCAAGUGAUUGUGUUGAUUGCAAGGUAAGCCACUUAGGUUAUGAUCAUGUGUUCCUUGACUUUGUGUAUUGCUCAGAUUGGGGAAAGCCUUAUUUCAAUACUUCACCCUUAUUUCGUACUUCAAGUUUGAUCACCAAUACUUAUGGAAAAUUUAUUUGUGAAGAAGACGUCAUUGAAGUUUGAUUCACUCUGUUUAACCCUCGACGUCAACCGUUAACAUAAUUAUAAAAAAUAGGAUACAAAGCUGUAGUCAAAAUCAAAUUGUAGUUGAGAAAAAUUAUAUUUGAAGUCGUCUUAAGUAUUAUGAUUUCUCUUUUAAUGACGGCAUGGGGUCUUGUCCUUCCAAAAUUCUGAGCUAUUGAAGAAAUUUGUACAGACCAUGUUCAAUUACAUUCUCUGUCAUUCUUCAAGAGCUGUUGGACCAUUGAUUAGGCUUAAGCUAUGUUAUACCAGAAAGACCUACCGAUUCCUGAUCAAGGAAAUCUGGAGACUCCUGAAAAUAAUCUGGUGAUUUCAUUAAAAAUAGAACAAUUCUAUUUUUGUAGUGUUUUAAAAAAUUCUGUCAUGUUUUAAACCCAGUUUUGACUACCAGCCUUGAUGUCCAGGUUUAACCCUGAAAAAGUUUAAUCUUGGAAGGAAAUACCCUUUAUUGGUCCUUCAUCACAAUUUCUUUUGUUUUGUGGGUCAGAUAAAUUUAAAGAAACAUUUGUCUCCCCAUAGUCUUGCUUAAAACUGUAUUUCCUUUACAUUAGGUAGUGAUUACCAAUACAAAUCAUUUGGUAAAUAAAUCUUGUUUUCCAGUGCUUUCUUCUGGUUACUGUCACUACUGCUGUCGUCAAUCUGGUGGACUGUUGUGUCUCCCUUAAAGAAGCAGCUGGCAUUUGGAAUCACAUUUUCAGUUAUCUUUCAAGAACUCUUUAGAUUGGCUUUCUAUAAACUGAUGAGGUAAGGAAAAAGUACUCUCUAAAUUGAAGAAACAAAUGGAACCGUAGCAACUAGGUAAACCUUUUUAUCAGUGCUAUUAUCCAAAAUGGAUUAAACUAUUGUGAUUUGACCAUAAACAUGCAAACCCUCUAACACUCAAGGUCUAUUUUUGUAAUUCCCCUCUGUAGUUUUUAUAAAUUUCCAUAUAAAUCAAUUGAGAGAUGUCAAUUGUCAAAUCUGGUUGUGAUUUUUAAAUCAAGAGAGCAUGUAGGGCUAGUUCAAUUUUAGAUAUUAACCCUUUAACUCCCAGAUCAAAUUUGUAAUUCUCCUUACUGUCAAAUCAUACAAUUCUCACAAUGUUAGUUCAGAGAAUUUAGUAUUGGAUCAACUAAUUAUCCCCAAAUUGAUAUCUGUCUUUAUUCUCAUCACUUAUCUGGUUGAUGUUGUAUCGAUAUUGUAGGGAAAAAUUCUGUCCUGGUCACUCAUGGGAGCUAAAGGGUUAAGUAUGAUUUGAGACCACAGUCACUAAAGAUGGUAUCCCUGUGCAAUGUUGUUGAAUUGGGUUUUGAUGUGAAAUAAUGGAUAUAUGUCUCUUUUGGUUUCUUCAGGAAAGCAGAUGAAGGUCUCCUUUCAAUGAUCAACAACCAGACACCACUAAGGAAACACAGGAUUGCAUAUGGUUAGAUUCCCUAUUUUUGAUCAUGUAUUAAUUAACCUUAACAUUCAUACUCUCCAUAAUGUUUUCUAAACAUUUCUUGAGGUGUAGACAAGGUGAACAAUUUUUUGAAAAAUAAAGAGCUUCUUUAAUUUAUGAUCACUUUGUUAUUCUUGUGACCUCAGUGUUUGAUUCAGGGGUGAUAAUUGAUAUAAGGAGAAAUUCAGAUCUAUUCACUCUUCGAGAUCAAAGGGAUUAAUAGGAUUUCUUAUGGGGAAAAUCAUUGAAUCAGUGAAAGAGUAUAUUCAUUUGGUCUGGAGUGUUACUCAGAUUUCGUCUCAUAGAAUACAACACAUUGUUUUUAUGUUGCAUUUUUUAUGUAGUUUAAUUUGAAUGAACAAAGAGAAAAAAAAAAAAAGCUGUUUUCUGCUCCUUCUUUCAGUUUCUGGUCUUGGCUAUGGUAUUAUUAGCGGAUUAUUUGCCAUGGUGAAUGUAUUAGCAGACAUAACAGGCCCUGGGUCAUUAGGGUUAAAGGGUGAUCCUCAAAACUUCCUAAUUGUCUCAGGUAAGUUGCAUACCUUAAAACUGUAAGCGUUACACAUACAACAUAGAAUGUGCAUCAGUUUAUGAUAGAGCCGAAAAGUUUACUGAUCUCUGAUUUGUCGUGUUGAUAAAAGUCAAUUCUAGUAUUAUUUUGAGAAAUGGUUGUUUUUCAUUCAGUCAAAAGUUUCACAAUUACAGAUCUUAAAUAGAGUGGAAUGAGAAUAGUAUUUUUAUAAGUUUUCAGCACAUUAAUUAUAUAUUUUGAGAGAGACCUUCAGUCUAGAAGUUUGGGAAUUCUACAAGUUGAAAGUUGAAUUGCUUGUUUCUAUAUUGUUGCAAACACUUAGUUUACUUGUGAUGGUUGAAAAAUAAAGCAAGAUUUGAGUUUUAGAAUGAAUAUUGUAGAAGAGAAAAUUAGUUAGAAGUGAUGAUUGUCUUUCAUGCAUGCACAAAUUUAAUUUGAAGAGGUUUGAACAUAACCUGUUAUAAACGACUGUGAAUAUAUGAAAGUCAUAUAUUUGAACUGCAGAUAAAGAUGUGAAUAUGAAAGUGAUCUUCACAGUAAUGAACACUACUUGAGCAGUAGUCAGUCUUGGGGAUACCCUGUGAUGGGAGCUCAGUUUCCUAGCUACAUUGUAGAUUGUUUCAGUAAAGUGAAGGUGCUUUUAGUGAUUUUGUAUCAAAACUAAUACUGUUGUCUCAUUAUUCUUGACCUAACAAAAGUCCAAACUCCAAAAGUAGGCGUAAACCCAACUGAAGGAAAAAAAAACAAAUGCCAAAAAUUAGUUGUUUUAUACAUGUAUUAGCACAGGACAAAAAUGACCUAAAACCCUGCUGUUGUUUUUUACAGGAAUGUUUCAUUAGUAGUUGUAACAUAUUAUAAUAGCACUGAACGUUACUUUUUAUUCAAUUGUAAUGUACUAAAUAAAUGUGUAAAAAUUGAUACAAAUUUUAUGAGUUUCUUUACAACCUUUUCUCUUUUGCAGCUUUCUUGACCUCCUGUUUUGUUCUGCUGAAUACAUUUUGGGGAGUAAUAUGGUUCAAUGCUUGGGAUCACAAGAAUUGGAUCAACAUCAUUCUAGUUGUGGCCAGUCACCUUUUUGUAUCACUUAUUGUAUGUGAAUGGUUCUAUACUCUAAUGACAAUAACAGUAAAUAUAAUUAUGAUCUGAAUUGAAUCAUGGAGAUGAAUUCAUAGAUCCUUGUAGCUUAAUUACAUUUACUAAUUAAACAAAAAAUGCAGAAAUUGAAGGCUACAAUUGAUCAGGGCCCAGUUUUCAAAGGGCUGAUAACAUUAUCCAAUUUAUUUUAUUGUAAAAGAUGUUGAAAAUUGUUUGAAUAAACAUGUGAAGAAAUUAGAUAAUAGUGGAUCCCUUGAUAGCCUUGUUUAAUCAUGUUGAAAGUAGUUUUAGGUUACUCUCUCUUUUUGAAAUUGUUGAAAAACAAAAAUGCUAGAAACUCUGCAACUUUUAAUUUUCUCUGUGGAAGUCAGCCAUUAUUGCUGCUAAGUCUGUUUCAGUUAUUGACUAAUUGUUUUGUUUUUCUUAACAGACGCUUCUGAAUCAUCAACAUCACUAUGUUGCCUCACUUGUGUGUGCAUACAUCACCAUGGUAAUUAUGGGAGCAAUGGCGUUCAAGACUGCCGGAGGAAGCUGCUUUAACAUUUACAGACUCUUUUCACGGCAGACACACCAUGAUUACUAACAUGAAUCCAAACUUGACCAAAAUGUAAACUGUAUAUAAGAUAACUGACCUCGUAAAAUGUUCAGCAAGUUUAAUCACAGUGGAAAUGUAAACCGUUGAAGGGACAACACAAUGUGAGGCUUAGAAAGCUCACGGUUGUUAAAAUUCUUUAGAAGUACAUGGUAUUCUAUACUGCUCAGACUUGCUAAGAUAAUAUUUUUCCCAAAACUUCUUAAACCCUUUACACCCAAGUAUCAGUAUCUAUAUUCUCCUUAAUCUUCCCUAUACACUUCCUUUGUUGCUGAUGAGGAGAAUUUGUUUAAAAAUCAAAGCUUGUUAGGUUAGCAAUCAUUUCCUUUAUUCUCGUGAUCUUAAUGAAUGAUUCAGCAGUAUUAAUGCCAGGAGAAAUUACAUGCUGGUCACUCUCAGGGUUUAAGGGGUUAAACAGGAGUUAGAGCAAAUGACUUGGUGCUCGAGAAGGUCUAGCAGAAAGCAUAUGUUUGCUUUUGUUCCUAUUUUUUCUUUAACUUCUUGCAUAUGUAGCUUGCAGUUGUAUCAACAAAACACAAUUUUCAUCUGAAGGUGGUACCUGUUAAUUAAUAGAUGUAUCUGUCUGAAAUCCAUCACCAGAUAUUUUGACAGUUAUGGAAAUACUUUGAUGAUAUUGUUUGAUAACUUUGCCUUCAUGUAAUUUGCUCAGAUUUGAGAUUUAUUUCAAAUUUAAGGUAUCAAAAAAUAGAGAAAAGGAAAAAAAAAAGUUGUGAAGAUUAUAUGUGUGUUUAAUGGUAAUUAACAAGUAUAAUGCUCAAAUGUUUGAGCAUUGUACUCAUACUUCUUGGAAUUUGCUAACAGCUCCCUGAAGAAAGAAAUCUUCACCAAACCUCUUCAAUAGCCCUUAAGAUCCAACCAGCAAGAGGUAAAACACCACAUGACAAAGUCCUUUUUUAAAAGUUUUCAGGGAUGCAGAAUUAUAGUACGUUCUCACUAGUGAUGAAAUCUAACUUUGCUCAUAGUCAAGAGAUGAAGAAAGAUCAGUUCUGCUUUUCUCUCUCAAUGAAACAUGAUCACAUUAAUUGGCAGUGCUUAUUUGUUUACCCCUUACACCUUACCCUGCCUGAUCAAUAUAAAUUCAGUUGACUGAAAGGUAAGUUAAAAGAUGAAUAUGCUGUACAGGUAAACACUGGGCUUUUGCAGUGCAGUUUUAAUGUCUCAGUACUCUGUAUAAGUUUGAACAAGCUGUUGGUUGGCAUAACACAAGAUUCAUUAAAUCGUUCUUCACUGAGAACUUUGUCUUGUCAUCUCGCUGUCACCUGGAACCUGAGUCAUGUCACACAAAAUUUUAGUCAUUAGGUAUACUUGACUUUUUUGGGGGGGCAACAUUUUUUAUUAUUGUGAUAUCUUAUACAAAGUUCUUCACUUCACUUCAAGUGUCUAUAAUGAUUCAGUGGUGAAAAUAAAGGUGAGAAAAUUUGAAGACACAAGAUUUUGCUAUGCAAAGCAUAUUUUAUUGUUAUUGUUCUCAUGUAAGGAUAAGUUUUGAGUGUGAAAAGUUGAACUGAAGAAGCCCAUCUCAUGUCAUAUGCAAAGUGAGACAAUACAAAUGUCCUUUUAACCCUUUAGCUCCCUUGAGUGACCAAGACAGAAUUUCUCCUUACAAUAUCUAUGCAAUAUCCACCAGAUAAGUGAUGAGAAUAAAGAAAAAUAUCAAUUUGGG